UUGAGGAUCUCAUAGGAUCGCUGCAAUAGAGAUUGAUUAAAUAGGAAAAGUAUAUUUUUCGAACUUAUACCCUGUUGACGACACGGGACACAACGACAAGGUGAACGUCAUUAUGUAUUUGGAGCUGUGUAUCUUGUUUCUGACUGUUUUCUUGGCGGUGCACUGGGCUCAGUGGCACGGAUUUAUUGGAGAAGAAAAAAAUUUGCCACCAGGUUAUUACGGAUUUCCCGUCAUUGGAGUCGUGCCGUUUAUACUAUGGAAUAGAAACUACAUCGCACAGGCUAAAAAUAUAUGUAAGAAAAGUGGACCCAUCUUCAGAGUACGGGUUGGCUGGGUCGACGUCGUUGUGGUCAAUGGGUCAACUGGAGUAAAGGAAGCUCUUAAGAACGAUGACCUUCUCGGCAGGCCAAAGAACGCCAUGUUUAAUCGACUUCAAGAGCUUAUAAAAGCUGAUCCUUUCGUUACAAUGGAAGGCCCACGUUGGAAGGCAAUUCGAAACUACUCGGUACACACAUUAAGAGAUCUCGGCUUUGGCAAAACUCUUUUAAUUGAAAAAAGGAUUCAGGAGGAGAUUGGGUACUUCUUAGAUGUUAUCGGACGGACGCAAGGAAUUCCGUACGAGCCACGGAAUACUCUUCUAGCAUCUGUGUCUAAUAAUAUUGCCACUCUGGUGUUUGGCGACCGCCACCCUCGAUGGAAAAGCUUCAACAAGUUCCUCCUCGGCUUCAUUGAAACUACGUCCUACCUUUUUGUUUUUAGCUUUGUUCCUUUGUUGAUGAAGUUGAUGACCUUCAUAGGCAUCAAACAAGUAAAAAAAUUACUUGAAUUUGCUAGCAUCGCGGAUACGGCAUUUACAGCGGAAGUUGAAAGCCAUGCCGAAAACUUCGAUGGCGGCUAUAAAAGAGAUUUCCUCGAUCAUCUUCUUGCAAAGCAGAAAGAGGAUCCCGAACUUUACACAUCUCGAGUUGUUCGAGGAACGUGCUUCGUUUUUUUUGCGGCCGGCAGCAACACGACAAGGGUUUCUAUAGAAUAUCUAUUGCAGCUAUGCGCUGCAUACCCCCACCUGCAGGAGCAGAUGUUUCAAGAGAUCAUUCAUGUUGUGGGUGAUGCCCGACUACCAAGUUGGGUCGACAAGGACAAACUGCACCUUGUCAAUGCCUUUAUUCAAGAAAGGCAUCGUAUCUUCUCGAUUUUGCCACUGGGAAUUUUCCGAAGGUCGCUGCGUGACACUAAGCUGUGUGGUUAUGAUAUUCCUAAAAACACGGUGGUCAUUUACAAUAUCGAUAGUGUGCACGUCGAUCCAACGGUGUUUGAAAAUCCUUACGAGUUUAAUCCCAGCCGGUUUAUCGACGUCGGGGGUAGGUUCAUCCGGUCCAAUGCCGUCAUCCCUUUCGCUAUUGGAAAACGCGCAUGUUCUGGUGAAGCUUUCGCAACGUUUGAAACGUUCCUCUAUUUUACUACCAUUCUGCAGCGAUUUCGGAUCGAAGCUCCAAAAGGGGCCGACAUAAAGCUCGCGACUACAGACGAGUUUUUCUCAGAACCUAUUCAGCAAUCAUUGGUAUUUAUUAGCAGAUCUUGAACCACUGCUAAUACUGACGGCUUCCUACGGCGUUACGCCUGAAAUUGACUUUCGCUAAAAACAAACUUGGCUAAUUAGCAAAACAUUUAAAAUUGCUGUCAAAUAACAAGAUACACAAUAAAAUUCAGAUAUAUUUG